GGACCCCCAGCCCCCCGCCGGGACCCGCUGCCCCCGGUUGGGCCGGCCCGGCCCGGCCAUGGGCGGGAGCCUGGGCUGCCACCGGGCCAUCCCCCAGGACCCGUCGGACCCGCCGCCCGGCCGCAAGCUCAGUGCGGCCUGCAACUUCGGGCACAUCCAGGUCAACCAGGAGCGGCUGAACAUCAACGCGGCGUCGGAGGAGGAGCUGAUGACCCUGCCCGGGGUCACCCGCGCCGUGGCCCGCGCCAUCGUCCAGUACCGCCGCCACAUCGGCGGCUUCAAGAAGGUGGAGGACCUGGCGCUGGUCAGCGGCGUCGGGGCCGCCAGGCUGGAGCAGGUCAAGAUGGAGAUCUGCGUCAGCAGCCGGGGCAGCCCGGCCCCGUCGAGGCCCCCGGCCUCCGGGACCCCCGCCGGCGCCGGCGCCAGCCUCGAGGACCUGCUGGCCCCCGGCGGGCCCCGCAGCCCCUCGCCCCUGAGCCUGCGGACCGGGGACCGGGAGGGGGACCGGGAGCGGCCCCCGGAGGGCCCGGGGGCCCACACGGCCCCCAGCCGCCCGGACCCCCAGCCCCGACCCCCGGGGGGGAGGAGGGGUGGCCGGCCCGUCCUGCGGAUGGCCACCUGGAAUCUGCAGCGCUGCUCCGCCCAGAAGGCCGGGAACCCCGGCGUCCGAGAGGUCGUCUGCAUGACCCUGCUAGAGAACGGCAUCAAGCUGUUAGCUGUGCAAGAAUUAGUUGACAGAGAUGCACUGGAAAAGUUCUGCAUGGAGUUGAACCAGCCGACUCUGUCCAAUAUCCAGAGGUGGAAGCAUCCUCGGGGAUCCUGGAAGGCUGUGGUGUCUGAGAAGCCCUCGAGCUGGCGCUAUAAGACCCCAGAGUACUCGGGCUUCCUGUGGGACGCCUCAGCUGGCAUAGAGCUGAAGGGGAGCCUCUCUCUGGACAUUGUGCAAACCAAUGGCAAUGGAAAGCCAGCAGGCCCUCACCCGUAUCUCGUCCGUUUCCAGGUUGGGACAAACCACCUCUCAUUGGUUAACCUCCACCUCACACCACCAUCUUCUCCCGAGGCAGACGAGACGGAGCGGAGUCCUGGCGAGAGCCGCAGCUUAGCGCCCUUUGCCCAGACUCUGCAAGAGUUGCUGAAAGGAGAUAAAGAGUUGGUCCUCCUGGGGGAUUUUGGCCAAGGCCCAGAAAGCAGCGACCAUGAUGUCUUGCGGAAAGAAAAAUUCCAUCCCUUAGUCCCUGCUGGCACCUUCACCAACAUCAGCACCAAGGCCCCACAAGGAUCCCUGGCCUUGCACAACAUCUGGCUCAGUCACAGCUUGAAGAAGGUUUUCACAGGCCACUGGGCCGUGGUCAGAGAAGGCCUAACGAACCCCUGGAUUCCAGACAACUGGUCGUGGGGCGGGGUGGCGUCGGAGCACUGCCCUGUCUUGGCCGAGAUCUACACUGAGCACUGGGGCCGGAGUGAGGGGACAGGGACCAGCGACGGCGGCCCUGAAGGGAGGCCUGAAGCAAACUCCAAGCCCGAGCGGUGAUGAGCCAGAGCUCCCUUCCCCACAGCCCGGUGGGGGUGGGCAGCCUGGGGGCGUGGGUGGGUGGGCAGAUGGAGGCCAUGGCCCCCCAGGUUUUGGUAGCUGGACGGGGCCCUGGGACAGCAUUUUCUGCCUUAGGGAGAAAGCAUCAGGGAUGUGGAGUUACCUGAUGACCUCCCUCUGGGAGUGCAGGUUGCAGGGGAGAGGUGAGUGUCUCAUUGCUCUUGGUGGGUGAGAUCCUGGAGGGGGACCCCAUAGGCACCGUCUGCCCCUGGUGUUCAAAUCAGAAAUGACAUGGAGAAAUGAAAUGCACUUUUAGUUUGAAGCCACUGUUCACUCUGCCUAUCCUGGAUGGCAGUUGCUGUUGGACAGAGAGAGAAAGAGAGAGAGAGAUAAAGAAAUAGAGAUACUCAGAGACAGAGAGAAGAGAGAGAUGAGGUGGGAGGGUGAGAUGUUCUUUAGAAAAUGUCAGUAAUUAGUUAAUUAUGAAUACAGCCCUUGAGAGCAGUGUUAUUAUUAAAUAACAUUUGUUUCUGACUGGUGUGUGAUAUCCGGGCUGAAAAUGAUAAUAAAUGUUUGGCAGGAUUGCUGCACUCUCAA